AUGUCCUUGGUUAGUCUAGCUAACUUUUGUGCUCAUUUGAAGAACUGCACCAAUGUCAACAUUGGCCUCACGUCGGUGCCCUUGUCAAGAUUACACCUACAAGUCGCCAUGAACUUAUAUAAAGAAGGAUUCAUAUCCUCUGUACAAAAGGGAUCCACCGUUGGGCCAGAUAAGAAGCCCGUGGACGUUACGCCCGACAAUAUUGCCACUCGCCGUUUGUGGCUCGGCUUGAAAUACAGAGAUAAUCGCCCUGUGAUCAGAGAUCUCCAAUUGGUGUCUAAACCAGGAAGAAAGGUCAAUUUGAGUUUGACGGAAGUGAAGGCUUUGGCUUCGGGAUUCCCUGUAAGAUUUAUCAAGCCUCUUCAACCUGCUGAAUGUAUAUUUUUAAAGACCCCAGACAACGAAGUGGUUGAAAUUCAAGAGGCUGCUAAGAGGGAUUUGCAUGGGUUGGCCUUGUGCAGAGUGAAAUAG